AUGGUGGACAGUUCCUUUAACGAGGUUGUCUCCUACAGCCAUCAAGAUGAAAGGCCAUCCACUCCUGUGCCAAGUGUGAUGUCCAUGGCAAGUGAUGAAUCCAUGAAAUUCCCUAUUAAUUUUGCUGAGGAUGGUCAAAUCACAAGUGUCUCCAUGGAUGAAUCCAAGGGUGUUCUCUGCUCAGGCUGCCCACAGAAGGCCUUCAAGUCCUGCAUCACCUGCAUGGCCUCAUUCUGCAAAGACCAUGUGAAGAUGCACUACUCAGCUCCAGCACUGCAGAAACACCAGCUGGUGGAGCCCAUGGAGGAUCUGGGCCAGAUGCUGUGUCAGGAGCACAACAGACAACAUUCUUUCCCAAGAGAACAACUGGCUGUAGAAGAACAUCUUAUUAAAAAGGGUCCCCCAGACAGUUACCGGCUUCCAACAGAGAAGAUCAACAUUAGUGGAGAUGAAGAUGUCAGAAGACUGACUUUUGGGAAAAGAGACUUGAGUAAACCUCUCCACACCAUUCUUGUAGUUGGAGAAACAGGGACAGGGAAGACAACGUUAAUCAACACUAUGGUCAACUACAUGUUAGGGGUACAGUCUAGGGAUGAAGUCUGGUUUCAGAUCACGGAGGAAGAGAAUCCAAAGUGCCAGGGAGAAUCACAAACCACAAAGAUCACAGUUUAUGACGUGUUUGUGGAGACCAGUUCUUUGUCUCUCCGGAUUAUUGACACACCAGGUUAUGGGUCUACUGAUGGUACAGACCAGAUUGUUGCAGAAAAAUUGUUAGUUUUGUUCAGAUCUGAAGAUGGCGUCCAUGGCAUCAAUGCCAUCAGUCUUGUUGUAAAAUCAGAUCAAAAUCACCUCACAGUUUUUCAGCAUUACAUCUUUGAUGCCAUUCUCUCCCUGUUUGGUAAAGAUAUAGAGAAGAACAUAGUAGUGUUCAUCACUCAUUCAGAUGGCAUGUCUGUUUGUAAUGCCAUUGCUGCCAUCAAUGCAUUCAAGAUUUCUAUUGAAGGAGGGAAAUUGAAACCACAUCAUUUCAUGUUCAACAAUGUACAGUCAGGAGGUUAUGGGGAGGGAAACGAUGUUCCUUACCAGAGGGCAUGGGACCUGGGAUAUCGAAGCAUGGAAAGGCUUUUGGAAUUUUUGCAUGAUAGUCGUGUUCAACAGCUGAAGAUGUCCGAAGAUGUACUGGAUGAGCGCAAAAAGCUAGAGGCCCGUAUCCACAACUUACAAGACGCUAUUAAGAUGAAGGACCUGAAACAAGCCGAACUUAAACAGACUCUAACAGUCCUGGAGGAAAAUAAGCAGAGGUUAGGCCUCAAACGGUACACUGGCAGGUCUGGCAAUUUCCGCAUCACAAUAUAUGGGGAAUCACUGAAGUCAAACAGCUUUGCAUCAAGAACUUCGCCAGACGGGGGUCUCGCUGCUGAGGUAACUGUAUCAGUGGGGUACACAUUUGCAAUGAUUGCUCCAGCUGGCAUAGUGGCUUCCUUCAGAGUCUCAUUUCUCACGUUCACUUAUGAGAUUAAUGAACCCUUCAAAGAGAAGAUCCCAAUCCAGUCAUCUUGGUGGAGCCUAAAUAAAGAAGCAACAUGCUGCACCAUCUGUGAGGAGAACUGCCACUAUCCAGGCUGCUGGUGGGUGAAAGACCUCUCUUGGUGCAGUGUCAUGAAGGAUGGCAGGUGCACUGUGUGCACAGGAAAGUGCCCUGUCUCUAAUCAUGUGAAGGAGAAGUCCUUCUACAAGCCCAGCACCCGAGAGGUCGAGGAGAACACUGUGGAUUUGAAAGCUCUGGAAAAAGACAUUGAGGAGUCAGAAGUUAAACAGAAGGAAUUGUUAGAGGAGGCCUACAGGUGUAUUUUGAAACUGGAAGAGAUUGCACUAAAUAGAGAUUCAGUGUCCACUCUCGUCCACGUACAAUUCCUGGUUGAAAAAAUGAAAGAGAUGGGAGAUGAAGACAAAGCCAAGAAACUAGAAGAUAUACAAAAGAGAAAUAAGAACCUAUUUCGAAGCCCUCUGCUAGGCAUUCUUUCAGCACAGCGAAAACGCCAACACUACCCAACAGCCCAACAGCCCAGUGUUUCCCAAACAUAG